AUGACUCGCGUAACCUUGCAAAUCCUCUAGAAUUAUAGUGAUGAAAGAAACCCCUGCAUUAUUAUUUCUCAUGGGAAACAUAAGUUCUUGUUUAAUAUGGGAGAACCGUUUCUGAGAUAUUACAAAUAGCACAAUGUUAAGUUAGUUACUAAUAUGAACAUUUUUUUCACUAGAAAUACUUUUGAUUGUAUGAAUGGUAUUUAAAACUUAAUAACGUCUAUGUAUGGAAGUGAUGCCUCCUUUGGGACUAAAAUUUUUGGGCCAAAAAAUUUAGUAAAAAUAUUUGACAAAUUUAGAUGCCCUUAUACUAGAUUUGUAAGUUAUAGCUUCUAUGAUCUUUCAACUAAUGAAAAAAUUGUAGGAGUUAAUGAUAUAACUGCUUCUAGGAAGUUAAAGUAUGGAAAGCCUUAAGAAUUCAAUUAGCAUUAUUAUGUUGAAAAAUGGAAUGAAUUUAUAAAACAAAACCUUAAUGAAAAACUCAUCACUGAUCCCGCUUCUAUUGUUGAUGCUCACAAUAGAGUAAUUAAAGGCCAAGAAUAAAUUACACUUGAUUACAUAGCCUUUGAUGAUUAAAAAUGUCUUGCUUACUAAAUAAAUCUUCCUCCAGUUAAAGGAAAAUUAGAUAAAGAAAAACUUGAUAAGUUUAAAAUUCCUAAAAAUUAAAUGAAAAAUCUAAUGUAAAAUGGAGAAGUUUAGUUAGAAACAGGAGAAACAGUCAAGCUAGAUGAUGUUAAAAGUGAGGAUAAAAGAGGUAAUAGUGUACUUUUGUUUGACUGCUAAAAAGAAUCGAUUUUAGAUGAAGCUAUUUCUAACAAUAAGAUUUUAUAUGCACCUUCUUAAGAUAAUCAAUUAAUUCUUGUUGUUCAUAUGGCUCCUUAAGAAGUUGUUUCUUUACCAAAAUACAAAGAAUUCUUAAGCAAAUUUGAGGCUAAUGUCCAGCACAUUUUUAUUAGUCCAGGCUUUUAAGAAGUAAUUCAAGAUAAUCAUUAUGAUAUUAUAAAUGUUCCUUACAGACAUCAAAAGGUAGUAUCUAAACUUUAUGAAGACUUUAGUGAACAUUUCUUAAAUAUUUCAACUGUUUAAAGCCAGUUUAUUAAGUAGUAAGACAAUAAACAGGAUAAUUAGCUUCUUACUUUGAAUCAAUUGUUUCCUGAUAUAAAGAAUCUUUAAUUAUCUAAAAGAAAUUUUGAAUUUACUGUAAGUGGUUCAAAUAAUGAUUACAUUCCUUUAGACGCUGUAGUUUCUAAUGAGUUAAAUAAAACUAUUGUCUAUAAUUAAAAUUAUUUAAAUUUAGUGAAUGAGCUCAAACAAAACUCACUAAAUGCAUAAUAAAAUAUGGAAGCUUAAAAAAAACAAAUUGACGAUAAAAGAUUUGAUCCUGAAAUAAUUCUUUUAGGCACAACAUGUGCUUUGCCAUCAAAAUAUAGAAACAACAGCUCUAUCCUUGUUAAAAAUGAAAAAAAUGAUACAAGUAUAAUGUUAGAUGCAGGUGAUGGAACCUAUUUCUAAUUAUUAGGAAUAUACGGAAAUAAAAAAAUAGAUGAAGAACUUUUAAAAAUUAAAAUUAUUUUGAUUUCUCAUUUCCAUGCUGACCACUACAUGGGGUUUUAAGAGGUAAUUUGGAGAAGGCAAGAGGUUUAAAGAAAGAGAGGUAUCAAAUAUAGUGAUGAUCCUAUUUAUAUAGUAUUACCUUGGGACAUGGCUACAUGGGUAGAUGCUUUAAGACACAUGGAAGGAGAUAUUUUAUUUAAUGAAGUUUAUAUUUAAUCAUAUAAUAAUGAUGAUUUCUCUGAAUAUGCCACUCAUGGAUUUAAAAAGUUAGAAUUUGAUUGCCAAAAAGCACAAUACAACACAUAUGAGGAAGAUAAAGCUAUAAUUAGAAAUAAAAGAAUAGGAGAAAUCUUAACUUCUAACGCAGAACGCCUUAAUUAAAAUAUUGAAGGGUUGAAAUUAAAACUUAAAGAAGUAGGGUAUUCUUCUUUGAAAAUGAUACCAGUUAUUCAUUGCUAGUAAGCUUAUGGAUAUGUUUUAGAGGCAGAUGAUCCUUAUCAAACUAAAAUUUCUUAUACAGGAGAUACUCGUCCUUGCAAAAAGUUCAUAGAAGCAGCUAAUAACUCAUCGCUUAUUAUUCACGAAUCUACUUACUAACAUGAUGAAGUUGAUUUAGCUGAAAAGGCUUUGCAUAGCACAGUUACUGAGGCUAUUGAUGUAGCAUUGCAGUCACUAUCAAAAAAUAUUCUCUUGACUCAUAUCUCAAAGAGACAUAAACUCUUGAAAAUACAUGAAGAAGGAUAAACAAAAGAAUUUAUUGAUUUUGCUUAAAACAAUACAGUUAUGGCCUACGAUUUUCUAAGAUUUAGGCUUUCGAAUUUCUAUGAACUUGUUCCAAUUACCAAAGCUGUUGGAUAUAUUUACAAGAAGAACUGA